CACAGCCCCACACCUAGGUGUGGGUAAAACCCCCUGGCGCCUCCGCUAGCGGCACCCAAACGCGGGCCUGGCCUCCGGUUCCUGGACGUGCCUUCCCCGCGCAGUGGGGUGCAGUGUCAUGGGAGCGGGAUGUGAUCCUGUGCUCCCGGAUGACCGUGCUGGAGCUGGGAGAUAUGGAUGACAGGAAGGAUGAAGAAAGUCGGACGCGGUGUGCAAGCUCAGAAGAAGGGCUGAAGGCCCGAGGAAAAGAAAAAAGGAAACGGAAGCGCAGCAGAAGCAGAUCCUCAUCUGUUUCAUCCACAUCGUCUUCUGGCAGUACAUCCACUUCUUCCUCCUCAUCACGCUCAUCCUCAAGGUCAUCUUCUUCCAGCAGUAGUAGAGAUUCUCCUAAGUCAAAGUCAAAGAAGAAGAAAAAAGAAAAACACAACAAAAAGGUAAAAGUUUGCAAAGAGAAAUAA